GAGCCCUGGAGAAGCCAGGAGAAGUUUCUAGGCGCGUGUCCCCGAGGUUUAUUAAGCUUCUGGCUUCACUCUAGACCUCAGCAGCCCUGGCUGGGAGCCUGGACAGCUCGGCAGGACAGUGUCUGGCUCCCUGGUCUCUGAAACCGUGCAGAGAAAGGUCCUCCUCGGAGAUUCUGCCGCACGUGUUGGGGGGUCGCCUUUAGAGGGGACCCCAGCCUGGUGAGCACGGCCACUCUGGGCCGUGGUUGGCUCUGCUGCUCCCUGACGGAGGAUCCACUGGACUCCUGCCUCCCAAGGCUGAAGAACAAGCUCUGAAAGCCAUCUCACUCGCGCCUGGGCCGUGCUGUGUGACCUAGGGUCGGUGGCUGCCUCUCUCUGAGCCUCCCUUUCCUCUCCGAGCUCAGCAGUCACCAUGGCUGACGGUCAGAUGCCGUUCUCCUGCCACUACCCSAGCCGCCUGCGCCGAGACCCCUUCCGGGACUCGCCCCUCUCCUCGCGCCUGCUGGACGAUGGCUUUGGCAUGGACCCCUUCCCAGACGACUUGACCGCUUCCUGGCCCGACUGGGCUCUGCCGCGCCUCUCCUCUGCCUGGCCGGGGACCCUGAGGUCGGGCAUGGUGCCCCGAGGGCCCACGGCCGCGGCCAGGUUUGGGGUACCCGCCGAGGGCAGGGGCCCCCCACCCUUCCCCGGGGAGCCCUGGAAAGUUUGCGUCAAUGUGCACAGCUUCAAGCCCGAGGAGUUGACGGUGAAGACCAAGGAUGGGUACGUGGAGGUGUCAGGCCAACACGAGGAGAAGCAGCAGGAAGGGGGCAUCGUCUCCAAGAACUUCACCAAGAAGAUUCAGCUUCCUGCAGAGGUGGAUCCUGUGACCGUGUUCGCCUCGCUGUCCCCAGAGGGUCUGCUGAUCAUCGAGGCUCCCCAGGUGCCCCCUUACUCGCCAUUUGGAGAGAGCAACUUCAGCAAUGAGCUCCCUCAGGACAGCCCCGAAGUCACCUGCACCUGAGACCCCAGUCUCGGCCCAUCCUUUAUUUCCCUCCCCAGCCCCAGGGCUUCUCUGAUUCCAGGGUACCURACUUUAGCUGAGCUCAGAUUUAGUGCGACUCCAAGGUUGAGGGAGGAUGGGGAUGGGGAUGGGGAGAAGGACCACAGAGUCCCUGGAUGGUGUAGUACUAGGUUCCUCCACAGGGCGGCGCAAUGGGCAGACCCAUGCUUGGUUGCGUGAGGCCAAAGAGUCCUGGGAGGUUUUUUUCUUUUGUGACUUUUUUUUUUUUUAAAUCUAUCUCCAUGUAAACACUGUACAUUCUCUAAUUGCAAAAUGAAUAAAUGGGGACUUGACAUUUCACCUUGCAUCUGACCUUGCAGCUAGUGCGAGGGUUGCCUUUCUCCGGGGACCUCCCCAUUACCCAGACUGUGCCUGCCUUGGGGUUUGGCGGGUGGAGCCCGCGGGCUGGCGCCAGUGUGUUUCCACACCCCCCUGGUCUGCAAAGGGGGAUGCUCAGGUUUAGAUCCCCGCCACCCGGGAAAACGAACAGUGCCUUCUGCCCUCGGCCCAGACCUUUACAGCAUGCUCCCAAGGUCCCCAGACGGACACUCCAAGGACUCUGGGACUCCCUCAGUGAAUUCUCUGGCUAAGGUACACCCUUCUUGUGUCUCCUAUGACCAAGUUGGGAUUUUUACAGAGGGGACUGUCUCCAGACCGCUCUGCCAAGAACAGGCAAAAAGCCAGGCAGUUGUGGGGUCCUAUCUGUAGGGCGAUGUGUGUGUGUCCUUGUUUGACUUGUGCUGCUGUUUAGGGGGAAAUAACAGUGAAAAAGUGAAUAACAACAAUAAUAAAGGAGCUGAUGUUCUUA